AUGAGUAUUUUUAAAAAGUUAGAUUUAUUUGGAGUUCCAUUUUUUUUUGAAAUGGGAACAGGAAACGAUAGGAUGAAAACAACAUUUGGCGGUAUUCUGACACUGCUCGUAAUUGCAAUAUCUGUCCUAUAUUUUACUUAUCUUAAUUAUAUGUUUAUAUCAGGGAAUAUCUAGCCUAAAAUAACAUCUUAAGAAAAAAAAAUUUCAAGCAACUUCAAUCUACCAAUUACAUCUGAUUUAUUAUGGUUUGAUAUCAAAAAUAGUGAUACUGAUGAAAAUUUAAUGGUCAUAUAAAAGAAUUUGACUUAAUAAUUAAUAUCAUAUAAGGUUGUCUUGUAGUAAAGUGAUUCAAAAGGAAAAAGGAUCAAUGAUAUUACUAUCCCUGUUAAUUUCUGCAGUGGUUUAACUGAUUCUCCUUUAGUUAAUAAAAAUUCUCAAUGUCUUGAUUUGUCUGGUUUAACAAAUUAAUUAGCAUAAUUUUAGGUUUUUGUUGCUUAAGGUUUUAAUACGAGAAUAUACAUAGAGUUAGAUAUUGUUUGCAGUGGAGAUAUUUAAACAUGCCUUUAAUCAGAAAUGUUUAUGGAUUAUGUUUUUAGCGAUGAGGUUUCUUUUGUAAUUUCUUUCAAAGAAUAAUAAUUUAACUCAGAUAGUAAUUAGUUAGAUACAAAAGUAGUCGAUGUUAGUUGGGAUUUAGACUCUACUUUACAAACAACUUCAUAUAUUGGCCUUAAAAUAUCUUAAACUACAAUUCAAAGUGGGUUUUUACUACAGCAAUAAAAAAAAUACUCUCAUUUAUCAGAUGCAAUUAAUAAUGAUUCAUACAAAACUCUAGGAAGUGGUAGUAAUUAAAAGGCUCUUGCCAGAUUUUUUGUUACUCUUAGCGAAACUCAAUAUAUACAGAUAAUAUAAUUCUCUCAAUAUCCUGAAAUUUUGGCAUAGUUUGCAAGCAUUUUUAACGUUCUUUUACUUCUAGGGUUUAUUGGAACUGUAAUUGCAAAAACAGAUAUUUACUAAUUUUUUAUAGAUUUUAAGCUUAAAUAAUACUAUAAAUUAACAGCGUUGAAAAUAUUAAAAAAGCAAUAAGAUAAUAUUAAUCAAAGCGUCAGCUUUUCUAAAGAUAGCAAGGAAAAUACUAAACGCGAUGUAAAGCUUACAAAAGAUCAGAUAGUUAGAGCCUUAAAAGAGAUAGAUAAAAAAGAUUUAAAUUAAGAAUUAACAAAGUAGUUUAAAGUUUCAUAUUUCGAGAGGGCAUUUAGAGCUUUUGUUGGAGAGGAGAAAUAAGAUUAUAUGAAUAAGAAAAGAAGUGAUAAAGAUAUAUAUGAGGCUCUUUUUUUCUAAGCCUCAUAAUCUUAAGAUGUUUUCUAAUUGUAAGAAGAACUGAUGAGAAUAAAAAAAACAUUAGCUCUCAUCCUAACCCCAUAAUAGUAUGCUGCUAUUAAAUGCUGUGGGUCUUGUGUGAGUGAUUAGAUUCCAUUUUUACUUUAGAAAAAUAAAAAUACUGAUAAAUCUAGUAAGAUCUCAGUAGAACCUGAUAAAAGUUAAUUAAACGAGUUUAAAGGUAUUGGAUCAUAAGUGGUAUUAGAGGAAGAUAGAACAUUUACUCAUAUAGAGUUAAUAGAUAAGAUAGAUUAUGAUGAUUAGUACUUCCAAAGAUAGCUAGAACGUUUUCUAAAAGAAUCUGAAGCAGGAUUUUCCAACUAUGAUGAAUCUGCAAAAAGAAUGAACUCACGUUUAUUAGAUUGCUUAAAUCAAACAUACGGAAGUAUUAAUAUUUGA